UAACCGCUGAGCCAUCUCUCCAGUCCUGUAAAAUUAUUUUUAAGAAAAGAGGUAAGGAAUGAAGUGUAGAUCACAUAGCUAUAGAGACCAUGUGCCCAGUUACAAUCUGCAGGCAUCCUAGGACAUGAUUCUAGGUGCUAGGUGGAUGGACAUUUAAAUAAUUUUGUAUUUAUGAAUGGUACUGCGUACUAGAAUAAAAAGGAACACAACAAACUUGAUUUCACCGAUUAUGAUUUAGGAAAAGGUUAAAAAAUUAAAUUUAAAAUUAAAUUGAAAUGACAUUAUUGGAUGAAUAAUACCCGGGCAAAGACUGGCAAAGAUUGUGUAGUUAGGAUGAAGAUUACAGAAUUUAGGAUAGAAUAUAUUGUUACAGCAGGAAGAUUCUUUUAAACUUCCAGCCUUCCAGAAGUGCAACAUUUGUAACAGACCUAUAAGCAAGGGUGAUGAGUGAUACAAAGAACUUAGAAAGUACAGGAGGAAAUAAGGAGCAGUGAGAAAGAAACGCUUUUAACAGCUUAUGGCUUUAUCCAGAGGAGCGGUAACAACCUGAAUUAGGGAUGACUUUUCUUCUCAGACUGUUUUAGUAUGAAAUAUUCAGAUCGUUGACCUUCCCCCAUAUGACUCAGAGGCUGGAAGAAGUCUAAUAUAUAGGCAGCACAAUGCUUUCACAUUGCAGGCAUGUUAUUUUGUUUAUUGGUUCAUUUAUUCUCACUAGCCCUUAUUUUAUAGUCGGGAGAACGGAAAUAUAAGGAGACCAAGCAACCUGUUCAAGAUAAUGGGGCUAACUAAAGUAGCAAGGAUUAAAUCCAGGAGUCUUACUAGAGUGCCCAUUCUUAACGCACUAUACCAGAAUAAGUAGGUCGGGCACACAAUGUUAAAACAGGUAAGGCUUGAGCGUUGAAGCGUGAACCGACCGUUAUUAUUGGUGGCAUGACCCGGUUUUGAAACCAGUUUCUCCAGCCUUAAGAUGGAGAUAGUACCGAAACUAGGAGUUUGGUGUAGAGUGAGAUAGUGAAUGUGAAAGUGAACUUCAAACUACGUAGGUAACUCCACCUACAAGCGUUUAGGAAAGAGAACCUGUAAACCGAAAUUUACGAGCGCCGACAGCUGGUACUGCCCGGGUGAGGCUCCGCCCCCAGCCGGUGGAAGGUGGGGCAGGCAGGCCUUUGCGCAUGCGGAGGCCGCUGCCCGCGCCCACCUCUGACCCCAGCGAGAGUAGCUGCUGUUUCUGAGAGGACGAUUCGUAAGCCGGGGUCCGGCGCGGUUAACCAUUCUCCUCCCUUCUGCCCAGUCCUUCAUUGCUCGAGCGACGCCCGGAGCUUGGUCGGUUCUGAGAAGCUUAUCUGGCUUUCUACGGAGGAUCCGUCUGCUGGCCCCAUCGGUGGCUGUCGAAAGUGCCGGCCUCGCGCCGGCGCCCGCAGCAGCCGGGUGGGAAGGCUCAAGAUGGCGUGCCUGUUGGAGACCCCAAUCCGCAUGAGUGUCCUCUCGGAAGUAACAGCUAGCAGUCGCCACUAUGUUGACAGGCUAUUUGACCCUGAUCCCCAGAAAGUUCUCCAAGGUGUCAUAGACAUGAAAAAUGCUGUAAUUGGAAACAAUAAACAGAAAGCCAACCUCAUUGUUUUAGGAGCUGUUCCAAGAUUGUUGUAUUUGCUUCAACAAGAAACCUCAAGCACAGAGCUGAAAACUGAGUGUGCAGUGGUGUUAGGGAGUCUUGCGAUGGGCACAGAGAACAAUGUCAAGUCUCUCCUAGACUGCCACAUUAUCCCUGCCUUACUACAAGGACUACUAUCCCCAGACCUGAAGUUCAUUGAAGCUUGCCUCCGAUGCCUACGGACAAUCUUCACCAGCCCUGUCACUCCAGAGGAGCUAUUGUAUACAGAUGCCACGGUGAUUCCACAUCUCAUGGCGCUGCUGAGCAGGUCCCGCUACACCCAGGAGUAUAUCUGCCAGAUCUUCUCACACUGUUGCAAAGGACCAGAUCAUCAAACAAUUUUGUUUAACCAUGGGGCAGUUCAGAACAUUGCUCACCUACUAACCUCACCCUCUUACAAAGUUCGAAUGCAAGCACUGAAAUGCUUCUCAGUUUUAGCUUUUGAAAAUCCCCAGGUAUCGAUGACCCUGGUAAAUGUUUUGGUUGAUGGGGAAUUGUUACCACAGAUAUUCGUGAAGAUGUUACAGAGGGAUAAGCCUAUUGAGAUGCAACUCACGUCAGCAAAAUGUUUAACUUAUAUGUGCAGAGCUGGAGCAAUUCGGACAGAUGACAGCUGUAUUGUAUUAAAAACUUUGCCUUGUCUGGUUCGAAUGUGCAGUAAGGAAAGAUUACUAGAGGAGAGAGUUGAAGGAGCUGAGACACUCGCCUAUCUGAUUGAGCCAGACGUUGAGCUGCAGAGAAUCGCUAGCAUAACCGAUCACCUCAUUGCCAUGCUUGCUGACUAUUUCAAGUAUCCCAGCUCAGUGAGUGCCAUCACUGACAUUAAACGGCUUGACCAUGACUUAAAACAUGCCCAUGAGCUCCGCCAGGCUGCAUUCAAGCUCUAUGCCUCUCUUGGAGCAAACGAUGAAGACAUCCGGAAGAAGAUCAUUGAGACUGAAAAUAUGAUGGACCGGAUUGUGACUGGCUUGUCUGAGUCUAGUGUCAAGGUGCGGUUAGCUGCUGUCAGAUGCUUGCACAGUUUAUCCAGAUCUGUACAGCAGCUUCGAACCAGUUUCCAGGAUCAUGCGGUGUGGAAACCUUUAAUGAAGGUGUUACAGAAUGCACCUGAUGAAAUCCUAGUAGUAGCAUCUUCCAUGUUAUGUAACCUUCUUCUUGAAUUUUCUCCAAGUAAAGAGCCAAUUUUGGAAUCAGGAGCUGUAGAGCUGCUUUGUGGAUUAACACAGAGUGAAAACCCUGCUCUACGAGUGAAUGGGAUUUGGGCUUUAAUGAAUAUGGCAUUUCAGGCUGAACAAAAAAUAAAAGCUGAUAUUUUACGAAGCUUGAGUACUGAACAGCUCUUCCGGUUAUUAUCAGAUUCCGAUUUGAAUGUGCUGAUGAAGACAUUGGGGCUUCUUAGAAAUCUCCUCUCCACUCGACCUCAUAUAGAUAAAAUAAUGAGUACGCAUGGAAAGCAGAUUAUGCAAGCUGUCACUCUGAUCCUGGAAGGGGAGCAUAGCAUUGAAGUUAAAGAGCAGACACUGUGCAUCCUAGCCAACAUAGCAGAUGGAACAACAGCAAAAGAACUUAUUAUGACCAAUGAUGACAUCCUACAGAAAAUCAAAUAUUAUAUGGGUCACUCACAUGUCAAACUGCAGCUUGCCGCUAUGUUUUGUAUAUCAAACCUCAUAUGGAAUGAAGAGGAAGGUUCCCAGGAGCGCCAGGAUAAAUUACGAGACAUGGGCAUUGUAGAUAUUCUACACAAACUGAGUCAGUCGCCAGACUCAAACCUUUGUGACAAGGCAAAGACGGCGCUGCAGCAGUACCUGGCAUGACGGGAGAGCCCGGGCACCUGCGAGCACCCCCACCUUUCUUUAAGGAAGUGCAGGAGCUAGCCUCAUUUGACUCCUUCUAUUUGCACACGUCACCUUGGACUGCAGGGAGCUGUUUUGCAAAGCAGUUUAGUAGGCUUAGAUCUCAAAUUCAUCUUGAGAACAUUUUUUUGAGGUAGUAAUUUCCUCAGAGGAUUAUUGUGUUUUGUUUUGUUUUGUUUCUGAGCUACCUGGACUCUUUAUUAGAACAAUCAAUCAUUUUCCUUUGGACCUACAAUUUUUUGCCUAUGCUGCAGCCACUUUGUGAGCAAGAAUGGUGUGUGUGUCUGUGUGUGUGUCUGAAUGUGUAUGUGUGCACGUGUGUGUGUACAUGAGAGUUUGAAUGGCUGUGUGGGUGAAGGAUACCUCAGAUUUUUCUUUUCUUAUUUUGUGUGAAAAUCUCUUUUCUACAGAUUUUCCAGGGUUUAAGCAUUGCUUGCUGUAUAAAAAAAAAACUUUACUGAAUUAUAUACAGUUUGAAUGAAAUGUUAUUUUAAAAGCAAAACAAUUGUUUAGUGUUCCAUAAAAGUUAUGUUGAAUUUUGGUCAGAUGAAUAUUUGUAAGUAAAAAAAUAUAUGCAUUUCUGAACCUCAACUUACAUAGAUUUUCUUUAUAAAAACAAACAAAAAAGAAAAAAAGACAAAGAAAAAGUUGGCUACAGUUCGCCUGAAUAACAGGCGCUGUACAUGGUGCUGUGCAGAUAGUAAGCUAGCCUCUUACUGCCGUUAAUAUUAGCAGGUACAGUUUUUUGUUCUUGUUUUGGUUUUUCUCAGCCUAAUUUGAUAAGCUCUCAGGCUUCCAAGUCAGAAGGACAGUGGGUUGGAGAAGUGAGGCCACAGUCACUAGGGUUUUGAAAUGUCAGAGGGAGAUAGAACUACUGAUAGUGGAAGCCUAGGGAGGACCAGGUGGGCUGCCUUUGACAGGACGGGGACCGAGAGCCUCCCAGCUCCCCUAAAUCCUGUCUUUAGUGUAGCAAUAUCUGGCAGGGUUUAGAAACAGACCUGGAGAGCAGGUCGCCCCCUUCUGAAAAUAAGCCAGAUCACUUUGUGCUUCCUGCGGCAGCGGAUCUCACUGUGAGACCAGCUUGUUCUGCAAACAAUCCUAGAAAGAAACAGUAAGAUAGGAGCAGCUUCCUUCUAAUUCCAGAAAGCCUCUUCUUGACCAUCCCAGCGAGGCCACACGGUAGCUGGGGAUGCCUGGUUGUUGUGCUCUGCUAGAAUGAGAUGGGAAGUCUUUUCCUGAAUGAAGCUAAAAUAUGAAACGUUGAGGGAAGGGAAGGGAUUCUCCCCGGGAUUACUGAAGAUGACUUCUUACUUUUAUUUUCAUUAUUUUAUUAUUUUUUGCAUCUGCUCUAACUUCUGGUCCCUUCAAGGUGAACUCAACAGAGGUAGAACCAGUCUUCCUUUCCUUUUAUUAGAAGGAGGCCAGAGCAUGGCAGACUGGUGUGAGGUCUGUGGUCCUAAGCUUGCAGUGCGUGUAUGCAACUACCGGGAGCCACACCUUCCCAUCAGCCACUCCUGAUAGGGUUGCUCACCUGCAAGCUGCUCUGUCACCAGCCUACACCUUCCUUGGGAGACUUAAAUCUGGUUUAUUGCAAAUGAAUGUUUUUAAAUGUAUUUAAUGCAAUGUUUCCUGUUCUCCAUAUGACCACCCGAGAUGCAAAACACAGAGAUUUCCAAGGUUUUUGUUUUGUUUUGUCGUCCCCCCCCCCAACAUCACUGAUUUGAAAGCUGUCACACAGAACUUGGGUUUUGUGCAGGUGUCUAGAGUGCUAAUGUGGGAAAACUAGCUCAAAGGAAACCUAGUUUACUGGAAUGAAGCCUUAUGAGGGCCCGCUCAUUGCUACUUCUGGUGCUGAGACUGUACCCUUGGGUAGCAUUUGUAACAAAUGCUACAGCGUCAGUUUUAGAAAGUACCAGCACAUACAAAGAAAGAAACCAAUAGUACGUUGCUGAGACAAUCUCAAACCCAAAUAGCAUGAGAGGGCUGAAGACGCCUUGAACUCUGUGGAUAGAUCUUGCCUGUGGGUAUAAGCAAUGGUCACAUAAAAAGUGCUUUACUAUAAUUAACUUUUCUGAUUUGAAUGAAGGGAAAUGUAUUUAUUAAAACAAAGCUGUUUGCUGCUUUAUGCAGGUGCAGUGUUUGGUCAGCAAGGAAGUGGGGAAAAUGGGACAUGGUCUUAUGUCUGCACCCAAGUUCUUACUGAAGCUUCUCGCUCUAAUACUGCAUUCUGUUCCUCCUUUGUGCCCUGAUUGUAACCCAAAAUUUAUAAACUAGAAAAGAAUGUCCAAUUUAAUAAGUUGCAUUUUUUUUCCUUAAGCACUUUAUUCAGAACAAUAUGUGUUCUUCUGGUAGUGUUUGGAUAAUAUGAUUUUAACACAUGCUAAUAAAAGCCAAGAAAAAUCAUG